GGGCGGCACCUCCACUACACCUUACACGAAGGAGGAGGAGGAGAAGAUGGCCGCCAUCCUGUAGGAGAGAAAGGAGAAGAAGGAAGCCAAGAAGAAGGCCCUGCAGGAGGAGCAGGCAACAAAGUUGAAAAAGAUAGGGGAGGAGAUGGCCAGAGAAAAAGAGAGGUUGAAGAAGGAAGAAGAGGAGAAGUUGAAGGAGGUGGAAGAGGAAGAAGAAGAUGAACCGCCGUUGCAAAGGAGGAGAGGGCAGCACAGUGGCAGCAAAGAUGAGGAGAUGGAGAAACGGAUUUCAGAGUGGGUCGCUAACUUAUCCCUGGGCGAAGAGGAAGAUGUAACUAUGUACAUCCCCAAGGAUGAGCAGGAAGCCGCUAUGAGAAAAUGGGAAGCAGAAGCAGAUGUCCUGAAGCGGCAGGCGAUGGAAGAUGAAACGAGGAUGGAGUGGAAACUCGCCAUGAUGAGGGAGAAGAAGAAAAGAGUGGACGUGGCGAGUGAAGCGUUUAAGGAUCUGGAGGAGGUGCAAAAACUGACUCUACGAUUGACCCCCCAGGUAGACCUCCAACAAAAGGUAGAGAUCAUUGCCCAGAGUGUUGAACGUUUAGCCAGAGUGCAAGAACGACAAUAUAAGUUUAGUCGAAGUCAGGAUAUAGUUGUGCGUUCGAUGCGAAUGGGAUCUCGGGACUUUGCCCGCGAGCUGGUAGGUGUUGUAGGAGCCGAGGUGAAUCACCGCCUCGAGAAGACUGAGUGCUUUUGCGUGGGCGCCAUCGAGGGCGUCAAGGUGGCAGCUCCCAAGGAGGAAGAAGCGCGUCCUCGUAGGGAGCCGGUCAAAGUCAAAUUCCCUGAUUCCUACAAUGGAAAAAGGGAUGAGAACUUUGACAACUGGGAGGCCAACGUCAAGACCUAUGUGCAUCUGCAACAGGUCUCCCCAGAUCAGCACGUGUUGAUUGCGAUUCAUGCGCUUAGAGACGAGGUCGCCAGUUUCGCAAGGUCCCUAGUCCGCGCGGCCAAUUGUAACAACGAUGCGGUGGCCUAUUCAUCGUUCACUCCCCUCGUUGACCUCAUGAAAUUGCUGCGCGAGCGAUUCGCUGAUGUCGCUCGCAGUGUCAAGGCCUCAGAUAAGCUCCAAACCAUCCAUGCUCGUAAAUGGAAGAGUGCCAGGGCACUCAAGGGCACGAUGGAUGAGUUAGUGGCUGUCCCUGACCAUGGAGUCACGGAGGCCCAAUUGGUCGGCCUCUUCUAUCGGGCUAUGCCCGAAGCCUUUCGAGGGCAGUUCUUCGCGAAGAGACCCUGCCACCACUUAUGAUUCUCUUAGCCGUGAAGUGGUGGCUUUCGAAGCGAAGUCGGUGUCGCUCUCUACCUUCUGGCACAAAGACCUCGACAAAGGAAAGCAAUGGAAGGGUCGCACGAUCUCAGGGCAAGUUAAGACUAAGGAUAGUCUUGUCCUGACUUUAGACGAAGGUAGUGCCGACGAGAUCCCCUAUGAACAAAUUGAAUGGGGGGUU